GCGCCACCUCUCUCGGACGAGCGGAGGACCGUGCGCGCCCGGGAUCCGGCGCUCGGCGGAGGUUUUCGACGCCGAGAAGCGGCAUUUUCCGAGCGGCUCACUAGGUCAGGUCACCAAUGGCUGCGACGGUCGCGGCGCACGCGGGCGUCGGCUCGCUCGCGGCGAGGGCCGCGUCGACCCGCGCGCGAUGCCGCGCGGGUGGUCGGGCGGUGUGGGCGAACGGCGCGAGGGACGGCGCGCCCCGGACGGAGGUGACGGGGCGCGCGCGGGGAGACGCGGAAAGGGAGUGCCGCCGGGAGAGGCACGAGGUGGAGACCCCGUCGACGUCAUCUCUCGGCGGUAGGGCGUUCGGCGCGCUCGCCGCCGCCGUCAUCGCCAGCGCCGGCGCGGGCGCGGGCGAGCACAUCGCCGCCCUCGCGGCCGGCCCGCUCUCCGGGGUCAAGUCCGAGGUGACCAAGGAUCUCAGGCUGGUGGAGCGCGAGAUCCAGAUCGACGCGGAGAUCAUCGAGCGAGACAUCGAGCGCGUCCCGCUCACGCUGGAAAACUUCAUCGCCAAGGAGCCGCCCAUCCUCGUCGGCAUGUUCUUCCUCGCGUGCAUCAACGGGACCAUCGGGCUGUUCUGGGCGCUGUUCUUUCGCGAGACGGCGGCGGGCCCGGGGGGCGAGUUUGGUAAAGGAAUCGUCGCGCUGCGAAAGGAGGUGGUCAAGGGGAUCUUCCGGUUCUUCGGCAGCAUCCUCGGAAGCUACGUGCGCGAGCGGUGAUGACGUGACGGUGACGCCGCCGAUGAACCCGCCUUGUUUAUGAUGUAGCAUUGUCUGUACAUACGCGACGAGAGGAGUCCUCUCCCCGGCG